CUAAAAACUGAUAAACAUUAUUCAGAAUGAAUUUCGCUUUCUCCAUAUUUUAACGAACGAAUGGAACGUUCGAUCAGCUGAUCUAUGAUGAUGAUUGAGCAGGGAAGAUAAAAAAACAAUAAACUCAUUUGAAUUUCGUAAAUCUCACCAUUUUCUCUGAUUAAAUUUAUUAAAAUGACCAAAUCAAAAGAAACCAAAUCUACCAAAUCAUUUGGUUAUUUUCUUGAGAAAGCCAAAAAAAUAAUCGAAGAGAAAGAUUAUCCCCUUGCAAAAUCCUAUUUAAUGGUAGCUGGAGCAAUGGAUAAAGAUAAUUUCCUUAUCAAGAUAGAACUGUAUAGAAUGGCCAAACUUGAAAAUGAUUAUGAUAAUGCAUACAAAAAUUUUACCGAUUUGUUCUAUGAUAACAAAUCAUGGAACAAAUUAACUGAUGACUCAAAACGUCACAAUCUAGAAAAAAUGAAUGGUUUGAAAGAUUUUUUUAUUGAAGAAAUGAAAUGCAUUCUAUUUUCGAUAAGUGAUCAAUGGAGACAUUGUUUGAAAAGACAAGAUUUUGAGAUUUUAUUCAAUGUCGAUAUGCGUGAUACAAAAUUUUAUUACCAACUUUGGAAAAAGUUUCAAGUGGAACAUCGAAUCAAUUUUAUAACUAAAUUUUGUUCGUUUUACAUGGAUAAAAUUGAACAAUUGAUCGAUCUAUAUGUUUUUAUUCUCAUACAUUAUCAUCAUGAAAAUGUUAUACAAGCAGCAAUCGCAUUGAUAAAAAUUAUAGAAAAAUUUUCCCAAGAUUUUGAGCCAAACAUUCAAGAAUAUCUUCGUGAAAAGUACAUUUUUCAUGUGAUGCCUGUUUUGUUUUCAUCCCAAUAUUAUUACAAAACAUUUGAUGAGACCGUAUUGGAAAAACAUUUUCUAUUAGGACUUAAAUAUUAUAUUGAAGAUUUUCUUGACGAUAGCAAAGAAAAUAUUCAUAAGAAACGACCGUUGCUUGAAAAGAAACUUAUUGAACUGGUUACCUUGAUUGGUGACUACAAAAAAUGGAAAGUUUUUAGUCACGAAAACCCAUUGGAGUUAUCGCAAAUCGAAUCUAAUUUAGACACAUUAUCUACAUAUACUCACAAAUGCUUCUGUCGCGACAAUGAAGUGCUCGACUUAAGUUUGAAGCUGGAUUCUUCAGAUUAUCGAAAAAUCGGUUUCUAUUCAAUUGUUUUGUUUACAAUCCUUUUCUGUCGAUCAAUGUCCAAGAUUGGGGAUCGCAUCAUUUGUGAAAAACUUUCCGGGUAUUCUGAUGGAAAAGCUAUAGCCCAUUUGAAUCUAAAAAAACGAAAACUAAUGAACUAUGCCCCUUGUUUAAUUGCUUCAGAUAAGGAUCUGAUCACCGAUGUUCAAUUGUUGCUGAAAUUUAAUGUUUCUAUAGAUUUCAUUAAACAAGAAUUCAAUGCUUACAUUGCUCAAAUCGGUCUCAACAAAAAUUAUCGAUUUCUUCAAUACAAAAUUUGUCAUGCAUUACAUGAAGCCGAUUAUCAUAAUGCAAUGCAAAUUUUGAAAAAUUUUGAAUAUAGAGAUAUUGUGAACAAUAAUUUUUCCAAUCUUUUAUAUUGGCUUCAAUAUUAUAUACAAUAUCUUACGCUAAGCAUAAAACUCAAUCAAUCAAAAGAUGCUGCUGUAUUUAUCAUCAAAAUUAUUGAUCUUUUAUGCUCAUCAGUUUCAAGUGAUUCGGGUGAUUCCAACAUCACUUUUGGUUACCAGUUGACAAAGAGUCUAAUGAGCAAAAAUGCAAACGAAAAAUCUGAAAUUAAUUAUUGUAACAUUAAACUGGCUAAUGAAUAUCAUAAUUCCAGACAGAUGAUUUUUCUAUGUCCAACUUUAGAAAAUGUCAUAGGAUUAUUGAUUGAUGCAACUAUUAUAUUAUUAUCAUCUUUAAUCACGGAUUUUACUAUCGGUCAUAUAAUGGUGUUAUCACAAUAUCAAUGGCCGUAUUUUUAUCCGGCUUUCAUCAAAACAAUGAUGAUCAUACGAACUAAAACUACUACUUUUACACAGCAGCAGCCACCAUCGACACCUAUUAAGCCAACUUUUAUUUAUCCAUUAUUUUCAUCCUAUAUAUUUGAAUCCGAUAUUAUAGAAGAAUUUCAGGCAUUAGUCAAUGAUCAAGAAUAUAAUUUUCAAUUGGAACCGAUGAUUACUGUAUUUAAAAAUAAUCAAGAAAUUUCAGAUUUAUUAUUGAAUAUGAUGAAACAAACGUCCAAUUCAAAUCCACAGAUUGAUUUAUUUGUUACAUUUUUGGUCAAAGAAAUCAAACCAUUUUUAGCUGGACAUCUUGUAAAUCAAUAAUUAAUAAAUAA